UAAACUAAAAUUAAAUUUUAUCAGCAAACAAAUAUUUAGUUUUCUAAAUUCAUACAUGCAUAACAUAUAUGUGAGAUCGGAUGUGUUCAUGUGCUUGCAAAUUUUAUUUGCAGGAAAUACAAGCAAACUAUUUAAAAAUGCUGUUUUGUUGAAGAAAUCAAUAAAUUGCUAAUGCAAUUUCCGUAAACUGCAUAAUACAGGACUUCAACUAAGGAUGCAAAAAUGGAAGAAACCAAAAACCUUACGUUAUACAAAUCACAACAACUUUAGUGAGACGACGUGGAGAGAGUUAAAAUGAAGGGAAGAUAAACAACUUUAACAAUAAGAAUUCAACAAAUGAUAUACAUAUAAAUGAUAAAUAAACAAAAAAAAAAAAAAACAAUUGAAAAUAGCAACAACAUUAUUUCAAACAAGCGGAAAGCAGUCACGGCGUUUAGACGGGUAAAAAGCGAAGGCGCUCUCCAUAUAUCGUUUGGAGCAUGUGUGGGUAGCAUUUGCUUUCGUGCCGGGCUGACAUAAAAACCUCAAUUAAAUAUCACGAGACAAAAAGUAGCGCAACCAAAUCAUGGAAGAACAGUGGAAUAAUGUGGAAUUGACAACUUUAAGGAAGAAAUCCUACACUUUAAACCAUAAAUAUGAUUUAGUUAAUAAAUGCGUUGUUGAGAAUAGUAACAGCGAAGAGAGUACCGAUAAUAAGGGCGAUGCUAACAAUACAAACCAAAGUGAUGUACUAAAGCCAGGUUCUAAUAUUAAACCAAAAGUAACAACAGAAAAUGUGGAAUCGUUGGCGCGUCGCCUUUAUGGAAUUACUAUAAAUAAUAUGAAAGAAUUGAUAUCAUAUGAUGAUCGCAAUUAUCUUAUACAACCAGAUUGGAAUAUAAAAAAUCCAAUAAUCACCACGCAAUGGCCCCAUGGUUACAUUUUGAAAAUUCUAAAUGCAUUGGAUUCAAAAAAGCUGGACUUCGUCGAUGCACAGAAUCAGAUGAUGAUGUAUUUAUCCAAAGAAGGUAUCGUUUGCCCCAGACCAAUUGCAAAUGUAAAUGAUAAAUACUUUUCUGUGGAACACAUAAAUGGCUCUGAUCAUGUCGUUCGUUUGUUGGAGUUUGUGCCUGGCAAAAUGUUUCAUGAAGUGGAAAGUUCGCAUUAUCUGCUAUACAAGAGUGGUGAAUACAUAGCAAAGAUCGACAGAGCAUUGAAGAACUUUCAUCACGAAGUGUACGAUACACACAAAACACUUUGGAUGCUGGAGUCAGUGCCGCAAUUGCGAGAAUUCCUUUAUGCUUUGCAGGAUUACUCACGCAAAGCUCUUGUUGAGGAGAUUAUCGAUGCAUUCGAAAAAAAUGUGCUCAGCAAAAUAGAUAAAUUGGAGAAGCAAAUAAUACACGGUGAUUACAAUGAACAAAAUAUCAUCGUCGAGCAAUCGCCGACGUCCGCUUGUGGCGAGUACAAAGUGAAGGGCAUCAUUGAUUUUGGUGAUACCAACAAAUCGCCACUAAUCUUCGAAAUUGGCAUCGCACUAACUUAUAUGAUACUACAGGCCAAAUCGCUGGAAAGCGGUGGCUACUUCCUCGCUGGUUAUAACGAUAUACGACCGAUUAGCGUGGAGGAACGUGCUUUGUUGAAGUACUGCGUGGCAGCACGUUUGGCCCAGAGUCUUGUCAUGGGUGCUUAUACGCACUCGCUAGAUCCAUCUAACGAAUAUGUAUUGGUAACGCAAGAAUGCGGUUGGAAAACUAUUGAAGAGUUGUGGCGCAAUAGUUUUGCAGACGUUGAUGAAUUGUGGCAGACAACAGCCGAUAAAUAUCUUACACAAAGUGUUAAAUAAGCUGCCUCAGGGAACAGGAGUAACAAACGAUCAAUUAUGAAAGUAAUUAAAUAUCAAUUUGCCAAUUAAACCAGUCAAUUUCAAAGUCAAUUUUUAAUCCGAUUUCUACGUGCAUUACAUGUGAACCAAUGCCUAAAUAUAUAAGUAUACGUGUAUGUAAAAACGAAAUAGGUCCUUAAUAAAAGUAUAAAAACAAA